AAGUCACACAUGCUCAUAAGACAACUUUAUUUCUCGUUUGACGACUAGACGCUUCCUCUCUUUUCGUCUAUAUAUUCUCAAAUUUCUUCUGUUCUUCAUCAUCUCGCGAGUCGAAUAAAAAAUAAUACUGAUUAAAAGUAAAAUACAGUGAAAUUAAUGUGUGACCGAAGUGAAAAUUUUGCCAAAUAAUAGAAUUUUUAUACAUUUUUAAAGUCGUCACUUGUCAAAUUAUUGACCAUAACCUCAAAACAAUGACAACUGAAGCGACAGUUCUCUUUGCAAAGCUAGAGGCUUUAAAAGAUAUCAGAUCGAAAACUGUACAAUUGGAAAAAGUGAAGCAGAGAAUAGUUCAGGAAGUUGAACAAACAGAACAAGAGGACAAAUGUUUAUUCGAAUACAAACAAGAAAUGAAUUUAUUGAUGCAGGAAAAAAUGGCACAUGUCGAGGAACUUCGUCAGAUUCACGCUGAUAUAAACACGAUGGAAACUGUGAUAAAGCAAGCUGAAGAAUCGCGAAACAGAUCAAGAGAGACGGCAAAAAUGAUUCACAUAAACGAUUAUCAACCGCUUAAACACGACAUUGACCGAAUGAGAAGAGAUUAUUUGGGCCUCGAGAGAUUACCUGAAUUGUGCGAAGUGGAAUCUGAUCUCAUUUCUUCCGAUUACUUCGAUCGUCCGGUACAAAAGUCCGAAUGGCGAAUGGACAUUCGCAAUGAGGAAAUUAUGUCAUCAGUGAAUAUUCACGGACAUCCGGGUCAUCCGGGAGGCAAUACAUUUCUAGCUCCUCAACCACUUCAAGGAUCAAGUAAAAUCGAACAGAGGCCACUACCACCAGCUCCUUGUCCUCCUCCAGGGCCCACAUUCAGGUAUUCCUGGCAACAACCACCGCCAAUGAAAUCGUGUCUAUCCUGCCAUCAGCAAAUUCACCGAAACGCACCCAUCUGCCCUCUCUGUAAGGCAAAAUCACGUUCACGAAAUCCCAAGAAGCCAAAGAAGAAAGACUAAAAGUAAAAAUAAAAACUACGAUGUGUUCGAUAUCCCGGUUUUUUUUAAUUAAAAUUGCAAUACUCAAUGUAACGGUAUUUAUAGAAUGUAACAAACUAUAGUUCCGAAUCUUCUCAUCAAUGCAAAU